AUGCCGCGUCGCCUCCCGAACCAUCUACCCAAGGCCAAGGCCUCGGAGAUUCUCACCAUGGGUGUCGCUGGUGUUGGUGUCCUGACACCCUUAUACCUACUUAUGCCUGGUGCCGAGGAGCGCCUGGCGGACCAGACAACAAAGUGGGCGCCGCGGUGGGAGCGAAACAUUAACUUCUUUACACCGCCUGUCGAACGAAGCGUCCAACGUAUUGAGCCACCCAUCUCUCGUGCCGUACAACGCAUCGAUGGUCGUCUUCCCCUCGAGAAGAUGGCCAAGAGUGUCGACUCUGGCAUCCGUUCCAGCAUAGCUCGCUUCAAUUUUCCAAACGGUCCUGAAAAGGGAGGGCCCUCUUCCAGUGCGCCUCCUUCUUAG